AUCAAAAGCACUCACAGUCAAACGCCCUCGAACUUCUCCUGCCCUCCCUCCGCUGCAUUGUUCAUUUUGAGUAGCAGGGCGACACAGGUGUACCCAUGUCUGAAAAAGGAGGAAAAGGGUUCUCCCUUCCCACCACAACCCCCAAAUCCUCUAUCAAAGCCAAGGAUGGAAAUGGUGACGGUGCAGCAAAGUCAAAGAGGGGAAGGAAAGUUCAGUUCGAUUCUCAAGGUUCACCUGAACCUGCAUUUAAUUUUUCAUCAUCAAAAUCUGAUGGAAGGGGAUUUAGUUUGCCAUCGUCAAAAUCUGAUGGGAAGGCUGGAAAUCGUGGAAAGACUCCUGUGGCAAAAGAGGCACAGCCAUUAGAGCUCAAAGUUGAGAAAGAACUACCAGAAAAUGUGAAAUGCUUGAUGGACUGUGAGGCCACAAAUAUAUUACAAGGCAUCCAGGGACAGAUGGUUCUACUUUCUGCUGAUCCUUCCAUUAAACUCCCUGAAUCAUUUGACAGAGGACAGCAGUAUGCCGAGACUCAUAGCAAAUACACCGAUCCCCCAUCUGUCAGACGAGUUCUUGAAACUCUCGCAAAACAUGGUGUCUCAAAUAGCGAGAUAUGUGUCAUCGCAAAUGUCUGUCCAGAAUCCAUGGAUGAAGUUUUUGCUCUUGUGCCAUCUCUAAAGGGUAAGAGAAGCAAGCUCAGUGAACCUCUCAAAGAAGCAUUGGACGAACUUGCUAAACUUAAGAAGUGAAGCUGAGUCCACAGCAUAUCAAUAUUGUAGCUGCUAAAUUUGGUGCAGGUGUCUCUUCUGUUGGGGUUGUGAGAUGCCAGUGACAACAGUUACAAUGACACUUUUUGCAGAUUUGCCCUGCAAGAUGGGUGGAAAAUCCUUAUAGUUUUUGUGCGAAUGUAACUGGUGCUCGCUUGCCCCAUGAUUCUGAUAAGCAAAGAUGUAAUUAAACCAUUACUGCAAAGACUUUCUAAUUGCUGUACUUGAAUGAUCAGCAUGUUAACUUGGAUUAAUAGCUGAAUAGAAAGUACUGUGUUAAUUUCGAGAUUUCUAUGAAUUCCUUUUUCUUAAACAAUACGGCGAAAUUCAUUUUUGAAGACUAAAAUCUAUAAGAUGGC